UUAAAGCUCGACUAGGAGGGGACAGGAAGAUGUGCCUUGCUCAGGACUGAGCUGAAAGCUGCAGAAAUUCAAGUCUUCUCUGCCUGCCAGCGCGUAAAUGCAGCGUUAGGUUAUUUGUGCCUGUGUAAGUCUAUAAUUAGGCUGUGCUGAAAGUGUUGUCUAGUAUUUUAGUGGUGUUUUCUUCCACCGGACGCCCAGACAGACUCAGUGAAGUCCCGCGGAUUCUGACUGAACUUCUGACUACGAGAUCACAAACGCACCUUACUACAUGCCAGAGAGAGUCCACACUUCGAGUAGAAAUGCACCAUAGGAUAACAACACAGGAGCCAAUAUAUAAGCAUGUGAUUGAGCAAGAGACGAGGAUUAAGUGAAUGAGCAAGAGACAGAGUUCAUGAGGGGGUGAGAGAGAAGCUCUCAUUCUCCCUUGACAAGCUGAACAUGUCCUACACUGGUGAUAAUCCGCCCAGCUCUAACACCACAAGCAGCUCCAACUCUGCUUCCCAAUAUGCUGCUGCUGCACUGGGUGUGGGGCUGGUGGCCCUGGGCAUUGUGAUGGUUGUGUGGACUGUGGUGCCAGCGGGCUCAGUCGGAAACAGCUCGCGGCCUGGCCAGGGACUGGGCUCGACUAGUAACACAUCAGUAGCUGCCUUUGUGAUGCUUGGUGUAGGAGUGGCCAUGCUGCUGCUUGCCCUCUGUCUGGGUGUACGCAACAAACGCAGAGAACAGAGACAGCAGCAGACCAAUGGCAACGCACAGAUAGACCAAAGCCAGCCAGAAGAGAGGCAAGCAGAACAUCCGGAACACUAUGCUGUGCCCAGUUACGAAGAGGUGGUUGGCAGUGAACAGUACCCCAUUCGGCAGUUUACCGCACGACAAGACAGCACCACCCAGCUCCCAGCCUACGAAGAACUGAUUGAGACGCCUCAGAGUGGGUUGGAGGGGCCCGAAUCAGCACACACACAACCCACCCAAACACAGAACGGAACGGACGAUUCUAACCCAACACACACGCACCCUCCAGGAUCGAACCAUCGGACCGGACGUCCAGGACUCAAACUGCUUCCUGUUAAAGUGAGGCGCAUCAAAUCUGAGAAGCUGGGCAGGAAGGUGUCCAGCAGCUCCACACAAGUUGCUGUGUCCAACAUUGAACCCCUUACUCCUCCACCACAGUAUGAUGACUCGCCCCCUGAGCUUCCACACCUGCCACAGUGACUAAGUGUGCGCUAGAACUGUUGUGAUGGUCUGUUAAUUCAGGACUGGUAAAAUGUGCAGUAAGGGUUACAUACGCUAGUCAUAAAUACUUCCUACAUAAAUAUUGUUAUAUAUAACCGCGUUAAAAUGAAACAUUUAGCUGUGAGUUUUCAAAAUAACCAAUCCUGAAACACCAGUUUUGGAACCCUCUCAUUUCUUUCUGUGGUAAAGGAUGACUAGUGUUAUGGAAACGUAGUUGAGUGUUUAUGCAGCACCUUAUGUGCAAUGACUCAGCAUGAUUAUGAAUAUUCCAGUCGUAUUUUUAUAGCACACCCAAUUAAACAGGAAAUGGAUGUCUGAUGUAAAGUAACAGUGGCACAAUUGAUUUUAACUUGUUGAGGAAAAGUCGUUUACCAUGCCUGGCUGUCAUGCGAUGAUAAUCCUUCUGAUCUACAUAACUCCCAGCAGCCAAGUAGAUUUACAGUAGGAAUACGAGUUUUUCCUUCCAUCUUUAACUCAGGUUCAAGUGUUUAGCACUGGUGUGCAUAUGUGGGUACUGCACUCCCAUUAUUACCAUUAUUAUUAUAUACCAUUAUUAAAGGAAUGGUCCAGCGAAAAAUGAAAGUUAUUUUUCACUUACACCAAUAGUCAGGCAGCCAAGACAUGGUAGGUGUCCUAAUUUUGAUUUUAAAGCAGUUUUGCUUUUAGUUUUACACUGGAGCUAUGAGGCUAACAUUGAUGACAAACACUUGAAGUCAAUCUUCUUCUUCUUCUUUCGGCUGCUCCCUUUAGGGGUUGCCACAGCGGAUCAUCUGCCUCCAUCUUGCCCUAUACACUGCCUCCUCUACUUUUACUCCAACCAUCUCCAUGUCCACCUU